CAUGGCGGAAGUUCAGAAUGAAGCAAUGUGAAUGUGAGCCAAGGCAUGAAGAGGCUGGGAUGGCGGACCAGACGUUGACGGUACUUUUCAAACUUUUAGCUGCGGGAUUUUAUGGAAUCAGCUCUUUCCUGAUAGUUAUAGUGAACAAGAGCAUCUUGACAAAUUACAGGUUCCCCUCUUCGAUAUGUGUUGGAAUUGGUCAGAUGCUGGCAACAGUUGUUGUGUUACGGGUGGGAAAGGCCCUCCGGGUGAUCACCUUCCCUGAGUUUGAUGGGAGCAUACCUAGAAGGACAUUUCCACUACCUUUUCUGUAUGUUGGGAAUCAAAUAACAGGACUCUUUGGGACAAAAAGACUUAACCUGCCAAUGUUUACAGUGUUGAGGAGGUUUUCGAUUCUCUUUACGAUGCUGGCGGAGGGGUUCUUGUUAAAGAAGAAAUUCUCCUGGCCGGUUCAGCUGACAGUGUUUACUAUGAUUCUAGGGGCCUUUGUAGCUGCAAGUGCUGACUUGGCUUUUGACCUGCAAGGGUACAUGUUCAUUUUAAUGAACGAUGUCUUUACUGCUGCCAACGGAGCUUUUGUGAAACAGAAACUUGACUCUAAGGAGCUGGGAAAGUAUGGCCUGCUCUAUUACAAUUCUUUAUUUAUGAUUCUUCCAACACUGCUAUUAGCACAUGUCACAGGGGAUAUGGAUAAGGCUUUUGAAUAUGAAGGCUGGUCAGAUGUGCUUUUUAUAGGUCAAUUCAUUAUCUCUUGUAUAAUGGGGUUCAUUUUAAUGUACUCCACCGUACUUUGCACUCAGUACAACUCUGCGCUAACUACUACCAUUGUUGGCUGUCUAAAAAAUAUAUUAGUGACGUAUAUUGGAAUGGUGUUUGGAGGAGAUUACAUUUUCUCAUGGACUAACUUCAUUGGUCUGAACAUCAGUAUUGCUGGCAGUCUGGUGUAUUCCUACAUUACCUUUACAGAGGAGCAGACCACCAAACAGAGUGAGAAUACCAACAAACUCGAGGUCAAGGGGAAAGUGUCUGUAUGACCAGUUUGUUUGACGUUUAUAAUGCACAAGGCUGUAUAUAUGAGUUUUUGUAAGAAGUCACUCUUGAGAUUGCUUUUUUUAAAUUAUUAUUUUAUGAAGAAGAUAUAGACUGAAAAAGGUACACAGGUGCUGGCAGGACAUCAUAUCAAAUGAAAGUUUCGGUCAAGUUUCAAAUAUACCAGAAUGUGUUAUUCCAGAGUAAAAUUUGCCUGUUAAUUUUCACUUCUGUUAAGAAGUGGUGUCUGUGUUAUACUGAUGGUUUGUGUCCUGCAAUGUUGGACGCUUGCCACAAAUUGGGAAUGAGGACUGUCAUAAGUGUUGAAACGCCUGUUGUAUUCUCUAUUUAAGAGUUAUUUUAAAGAGUUUUAGUCAGAAAGGCUGUUUAUUUUCAUGAGAGUCGUUUUUUUAUUGCUAGGAUUGUGAAUUGUAUUUUAUUGUUGGUAAAGGGUUUAUUCUAGCUAUAAAAAGGGAGUUUACAUACAUUUGAUUAAAUAAUCUUGUGACAGUUCUCAUAACCUGUUACACAACUUGAGUUUUACAGGAAUGUUCCUUCAAAACCUGAAUGAUAAAUGGAAAGUGAGUGUUUGAAUGUGUAAAACAAGGUACAUGUGUGCAACUUAAGUAGAUGUUUGAUUUUGAGUCUUUUGAUAACAAGCUUUAAAGAACAGUAUUUUGUGUUAAGUGUUCUCAGUGUUACACAGUGUUCAACUGGACAUAUUCUUAUAAUGGCUUUUGUAUUUUUUUGUAUUUGGGAAUGGGAUGCAGUAUAACUGUUUUGUAUUAAUGAAAUCAUUAUUAUAAAUGCAAAUGCUCUAGUAAUUGCACUUAAACAGUUUACAUGUUUUCUCAUUUGUCAGUGACUUAAAAUGGAUACUAGUUUUUGCAAGAACAUUGUAAUACAAUAUGCACAAACAUUUCAGUAUGUUGGUCUGUCUUGUCUAAGGUUGGUUGCUACAUUUGGGCAAAUAAGAAAAUGAGGAUGUCUCCUACAGUCGUGGCCAAAAGUUUUGGCAAUGAUAUAUAUUUUGUGGUUUGCAAAGUUUGCUUCUUCAGUGUUUGUAGAUUAUUUUGCCACAUGUUUCCGUGAUAUACUAAAAGCAUAUACGUUUUAAAGGUUUUUAUUGGGAAAAUAAUGGGAGUCAGUAUUUACAAUGUUUGACCCUUGUUCUUCAAAACCUCUACAGUUCGUUCUGGCAUGCUGGAUAUUAGCUACUGGGCCAAAUCCUGACUGAUAGCAAUCCAUUCUUGCCAUAGUAGUUCUUGGAGUACAGUAUAUCACAAUUUAUGGGCUUCUGCUUGUUUUGAGGAAUGACCACAGGUUCUCUAUGGGAUUGAGAUCCAGGGAGUUGCCUGGCCACAGAUCCCAAAUGUCAAUGUAAUGUUCUUCAAGCCACUUCUUUAUCACUCUUACUUUGUGACGUAGUGCUCCAUUGUAAUUACUCAUGGAUCGUUGGAAGAAGUCGCUCUUGCAGGAUGUUCUGAUACCACUCUUUAUUCAUGGUAUUAUUUUUGGGCAGAAUUAUGAUAGAGCCCAAUCCCUUGGUUGAAAAGCAACCCCACACAUUGAUGGUCUCGGGAUGCUUCAUCAAUUUUUAAGAUUUCCUAAAACUUUGGAAGGGAGCUUCAUCAAAGAAAAUAACUUUGUAACAGUCUUCUGCUGUUCUCUCCUUGUUCUUCAAGUAGAGUCUCAGUCUGUCCUUGGCGUUUUUCUUGGAGAGAAGUGGUUUCUUUGCUGUCCUUCUCGACAUCAGGCUGUGGUUCUUUGUAGCAAUUUCGUUGCUUGUGAGGACAUUUUGAUGCAAAGCAACGAGGGCUGCACAUGUUUUUGGAGGUAACCAUUGCUAAUAAGGACACAAUGAUUGGAAGCGCUUCUUCCCUCUAUCAGUCUGCUCUUACAGUCUAAUUAGUCUGAUAGAGAAUUUACCAAACUAGUACUCAUCCACACUUUCCACAUGUGCUGCUGAAAUUAUUAGUCAAUUAAUGUUAGCUGGUCUUUUUGUGUCGGAUCAAAAAAAAAAAAAAAAAAAAGUUAAAUAAGUUUGAAAAAAUUUUAGCCAAUGAAGCUUUUAGAAAUUAUUUAAAAGGCAUCUGAUUACUCUAUGAUAGACAAUGUAAUUGAACACAACACCAGCUUAAGCAGCAAAUUUUGCAAAAUACAAAGUGUAUGUCACUGCCAAAACUUUUGGCCAUGGCUACAUUUAUGUCUGAUGUAUGCUAGUCUGAAAAUAUCACAAUUCUCAGUUAUUUAUUGUGCUAUAUUUGUACAUCUGGAAAAGCUGAUGCAUUCUGCGGUUACUGAAUGAAUGUCUGUUUUCAGUCAGGUAUGCUACUUUUUGAAACACUUUGUGUUUAGAUUUUAAUUUUAUGGAUGGUGUGCAUUUUUGUGCUUUAUUUUAUUAUUAUUUUUGCACCGAUUGAUAUUGUUGCUGCAGAAGUAUUUUGGGUUCAACUUGUAAUUUUUAUUUGAUCUUUUCAUGUUUUUAUUCACUUUAGUUGAAGAAACAUAGCUUGAUCAAUUUCAUAUCUGCAAAUUCUCUGUGAUCAGUGAGAAAUGGGAUGUGUACAACAUUUAAAAUACCUCAGCUCAAAGAAUGAAUAUAUAUAUAUAUAUAUAUAUAUAUAUACGUGUGUGUGUGUGUGUGUAUGUUAUUUUCUGUUGUUAACCAAAGUACAAUCCUUUUUCUUUUUUCAUGUUGUCUAUUGCUACUGUGGGAAUAAAUUGUGUACUUUCUCUA